UGUAUUGGUCUGCUUGCAAAAAAAAGUAAAUAAAGCAUAUUGCAUGCGACUCGUUCAAUUUUAAUUUUUUUUCUUGACAAAUCAACAGAAUCAACAUAUUUUUGGAUUUUCUUGCUAAAAACUUUCAAAAAAGGAAUUAAUUUUCCCUCAAGAAUUUGAUGGAUACCCCUGAGAUUGAUCAAAGCCUUCGAAAACACAGACUACUUCGAGGAACUCCAUCAAACCGAUUCUCAACGUUUCUGUCCCUUGGAAUUUUAGGAGUUGCCAGUCUAGGUGCUGUAAUUUGGCAUUUUUCCAAAAUAGGACAAAAUACAUUGAGCAAGCUGAAGAACAGCAGUGAUCUCAUGAAAACUUCUGAAGCUCAGCUUCAGUUGCAAGAAACUAUGAGACGCCAAUUAGACGAAGGAAUCGUGACAAGAUUAAGGAGCACAGCUGAAAUUAAGGAGAGGUUGGCUGCAAGUGAAAAAAAUUAUCCUUCUCCCGACUCGCCUCUAUAAUCGUAGCAGGGCUGUUGGGCAUCAAAGAAAUAGCUUUGUAUAAAUUUUAGUAAGGAAAUGUUCAGUAGCGUUCUACCUAGUCUAAUGAGUUGCAAUAAAUUUUUGCAGAGAUAAUUGGAUUGUGAGUCUGCAUUUUUAUUCGAUAAACCCACAUUAAACGACAAUGAGUCUCAAAUUUAAAAAGGGGCCUAACAAGCUAUCCCUUAAGUACUCCCAGCAAUUGAGUCAAUCGACCUCACAUAUUGAACAGAGACGUACACUGAGCCAACCUGGAUCUAUGGAAAGUGGUGAUGCAACAAAGAAGGAGGUCUGUCGCUCUCAGUCUGUGCCAACAGGAGCCUCUGAGCCUGACCAACCUCUGAGGGAAAAGCCCAAAGAGAAAAAUUCUCUUGACUUUUCAACAGAUUCACCUUUGAAAUUGUCAGAACCAGAUAUUAUGACAUCACCUGAAGACGUUUUCAAGCCUACAAGGUCCAAAAGGGCAAAACCUGCUCCAGAUCUGACCAAGCUGAAGAAUACAACGACUGAAGAUAUAUCUGAGAAGCCUAGUUUAUCCAGUGACACCGAUACUGUAGAAAAGGAGCCCCUCGUGAAAAGGGCAAAAUUUGAACAGCUUGCAGCUAAACUAAAGUCAUUCGAAAAGGCCCCUGUGAAGAAGUUUCCCAUAAAAACCUCUGAUGAAGUGAAAAAUGAAGCUGAAAAUGAUGACAACCAAGUUGAGCCAGUUCCGUCAACCAGCUCCACUGUUGAUCCUCAAAUGCCAGAAACACGAGUUCCGGCUAAUGCAAAUAAGGAACUUCCGUGUGUAGUUUGCAACAAGUAUUUUAAGAAAAAUCUGAGAACCCACAUGAAGGCCUGUGCAGGCAAAAAUGGACUAACCACAGAGCAGCUUAUGCGAGCACUGGAACUUCAGCGUAAGCAGGUUGAAGAGCGAAAAGAGCUCGGACUGCCUUUAUAUCUUCAGAACAAGAAAUCAGCAACAAGUAGAAAGAAAAAUGGAGUAGGUGCUGAAAGUGAUCCCAACAUUCAACUAGCUUUGGCGCUUUCAAAAUCAUUGAAAGAUGCCGAGGAGGAGGCUUAUUUAAGAGAGGCAAGGAUGAUCUUCGAAAACCAGGAAGGAAUGACUGAGUCACAAGUUGACGCCACCAUUCAAGCCGUCAUCCAAGAGCCAGAACCAUCGACAUCAACUGGUGGUCGACAAUCAACUCUGACUCUUGGACAAGAGGGAACUCUUGUAGUGCAAAAAUCCAGUGCUGCCGGUAACGCUACAAAAAGUGCCAUCAAUACAAAAGCAGCUCCUUUCAUGACUGUGUCGGCUGAAGAGAGGUUGAGACGAGUCACCGAGAAAGUUGCCAUGUACUUGCUGGACGAAGACGUUGAAGAACCAUUCCCAAAAGCAUCUGCUCUCAGACAAAUAGAUAUAAAUAAAGUGCUGCAAGAGAAAUUGGAGAAGGGAGCUGAUCUAUGGAAACUAGCUUCCAAGUCUCCGAGCACUGAAAAUAAAUCUUAUUAUGUUAAGGGAAUCAGAGAAUUUGUCUCACCUUCUAAGAGCAAUUCUGGAGUCUUGCACUUGGAACCCCAGGAGCCUGAAUUUCGAAUGCUGAAAGAACAUAAAGUAAAAAAACAAAAAGCGCAAGCAAGGCCAUCAUCUUCCCCAGUGAAGCAAAAAGAUUCCUCAUUGAGUCGAGAUUGGGCAUCUUUGUUGAACUCCAGAACCAUGAGCGACAUCCUUGUUUACUGCAAAGAGGACAAAGAGAUUCGAGCACACAAGCUGGUACUUUUGGUCAGGUGUCCAUCUAUUUUGAAGGACCUUGCAUCUGAGAUGAGCCAAGACGGAGCCACCGUUAAAGAAGAAAUGCUAUUGUGGAGUGAAUACUCGGAAGGUGUUGUAAUGGCAGUUUUGGAGUUUAUUUACUGUGAUACUACCUGUAAAGCAAUGAGAUUGAGUGAUGCAGAGUUGGAAGACCUGGAUGCCAUUUCAAAAAGAUAUGAAAUAGCUGGACUGCAGACGCAUCUAAAUAUGCUGAGAAAACUUCGAGAGGAAAUCAACCAAGAAGACGAGAUGGAAAAGUCACCUACACCUGAAACUCCGCCUGCAAGGGAGGCAGCCGUAGAAUUAGUUCGAAAAUCCAAAGUGGAAGAAAAGUCUCGGCGUAGUGAUGGGUUCAGAACUGAAUUGUCCUUUUUAAUUAGCCAAAUGGAGAAAUCAAUACCAAGUCUUGUACCCACGCAAUCAAAUCAUCAUUCUGUCCAGCACCCCAUAAUCGAUCUGAGUGCUAGCCCUGAGUCUUCCACCUUUAAAAGCCCCAAAGCAGAUGAGAUGAAAGAGCAGACUGAUGAAAAUGGAAACACAAGUGAUGAGGACGACAUUUUCAGCAGAAAAAGUAAUGUUGAAAAAGACGAGACCAUCAUUGAAAAAGUUCAAAUAGACGAAGAAAUUGUAAACACAGAUGAUGACCUGUUUGCCUCCUUAGACGAUUCACUAUUCAACAAAAAAUAUGGCAAAGAGGAGCCAACAACUAAUGUUAAUAAGUCAAUUGAAAUUAAUGAAGAUCGAAAUGAUGACUGGAGGGGCCUCAAUGAUCCAGAUUUUAUGAAUACAACACCAGCAAAGUCGAUCAGCUCAAUUGUCACCACACCAAUUGCAAACAGAUUGUCUUGCAUUGACGAACUGCCGAACGAGCUCAUUUCUCAGAUUGAGACUUCGCCUUUCAGCUCUCCAGUUCGUUUGAAAAAUGACACACUACCAUUGGAAGUUGUGACUUUGUCUUCAGACGCCAGCCAGAAGUCUGCACUAACGUUGAGUCCUAAAGCUGAAAGCCCGCUAACCCCAGAGCACCACCCUUUGGACGACUCUUUUGAGGUGCCCGAUGGAGAGCUGACACACUUGGAGCUUGCUGCACUAAAGGCUUAUGAGAAGGUCAUGACGCCAAUGGCAGCCUCUGUUGCCACACCGGGGUCUUCCAAAAUCACUCCAAUUCAAAAUUACAGCCUAAUGGAUUCUCCUCAGCUAAAGAAAGAGCUCGACAAGUAUGGAAUCAAACAUUUGAGGCGGAACCAGGCUAAAUUAAUUCUUCGACACAUUUAUGAUGAGCUACAUCCCAGGGUCUCCAGUACACCGUUGGCCAGGCCACCUAAGAGAUUGGCAGAGAAAAAAACAAAACAACGGAAUGCUGCAAAAAUGUCACCUAUAAAAGAAAAAGCUCAGACGCAGCAAGCAAAAGCACCUAAAAAAUCACCAGCCAAGAAAACUGCCUUCAGGACCCCUGAGAAAACGCAGCCUGUUAAAAGUGCACCUCCUCCUCAAGCUACAAAUGAGCAGGGCUAUGAUAGUUUUGAUGAACUCCUCUUUGACUUGCCGAAGCCAGGACCCAGUGAAACACAGCCAGUUUCCCAGCUUAGCUCAAACUCAGAAUCGAGUGGCAGCGAUUCUAGUGAUAAUGAAGGAUAUGGGAAAUAUGGCGGAGAUGAUGAACUAGAGGAAGUGUUUACACAAGUGCCUGAAACUCAGACUGAUGUGACCGAGCAAAUAGAGGAGGCCAUGAAAUCAGAUCCUGGUCUUUACCACCGGAUUUUAACUUUUGAGCCCAUUUGGUUAGAAGAAAUCAAGGAUUUGCUUAAAGAGAACAAAGUCAGAGUGAACCCAAAAGUUCUCCUUGAUUAUCUUGACGAUCAGUGCAUCACUUACAGGACAGAGCACCAACGUCCAACAAAACGAGCAACUCAGAAACGAGGUUGGACCCAAAGUCAGCGUGGCAGGAAAAAAUAAGAUUAUGAUGUUGAAAAUAGAAUAAGCUAAUUUUUUUUGUAA